AGUGACCUGCAGGGCCUGGGCUUGGACCUCCAGUGGCUUUUUGGGGCCCAUGGAGAUUUCACUCGAGCCGUCACUGGCCUGACGGAAGAUUUCGGAAACACUGACCUGGACAACAAGCUUGCUUGUCGUGAGCUGAAUGACCGGAUCAUGAAGGUGGAGUACCACUUCCUCUCCCCGUAUGUCUCUCCCACGGACGUUCCCUUCCGCCACGUCUUUUUUGGUUCCGGCCCCCACACUCUGCAAGCGCUGGUGGACCACCUCCGCCUCCGGAGAACCAAGCCAGACGCCUUCAACGAGACCCUGUUCAGGAACCAGCUGGCCCUGGCCACGUGGAUCAUCCAGGGGGCUGCCAAUGCCCUCUCGGGGGACAUCUGGAACAUAGACAAUGAGUUCUGAGGUGGCCGAGCGCUUCAGGGGCGCCGCCACAGGGGGCCUCUCCUCCUACGUAGUAGCACAUCGCAGAGUCCCCUUAGUCCAGGGGCAGGUGACAUCCCUUUGGGGGUCCUCUGUUGCGGGCUCCAGGCUGGGGCAGCAGGACAAACCGCAGGCAGGCCGCUCUCGACUCUUCCUGCCCCCCUCCCUGUCUUCCUCCUCUUCCUCCUCUACAGGAGGACUGCCAUGAAAGGGGCGGAUCGCUCAUGCCCUAGGUCUGAACUCAUGCUGUACAGAGGCCUCUGGCACAAGGUUGGAGGCCCUUGGAACGGGCUGUGCCUCCUUGACUCUGCUCCUCUGGGCAUGUGCAGAGGCCCGGACUGAAACGCCCCCUGGCUGGGGACCCUCUGGCCCAGGGGCCAGACCUGUCCUUUGGGGUUCCUCAGAUGGCCAGGCUGCCCUCUGUUGGCCCGUCUCCUGGCUUUUUCAAAGCUUUGUCCCUGCCUCAACCAUUGAAAUGCCCCCCCCUUAGUGAUGGGCAGGAGGAGAUCAAAGCUGGGAGCUCCUGGCAUUUUGCACCCCUCCUCUGUUACCUUUGGCCCCGCCCAGCAUGUGAAGUGACCUCGAGAGUUUCUCCCAAGUUGAAAUGGGCCCUCACACUGCAAGUUUCCCAGCUCCCAACUCGGUGCAGUUCAAAGCACGUCAUAACGUCCUGGAAUGAAUUUUGCUGUGAAUUAGAACUGCUCCUGGCAGCAUGGGCUAUGCGGGCUUUGGAUGAUGGGUGUUGGUCCAAGCCUACCAGUAGAUGCCUGGUGGGGGAAGGCAUGCCUGCAGGACAGGUGGGCUGGGGGCAGAGCAGUCUAUCUGUCGUAUGAGGCGAGGAACUGCCUCAAGUCGACCAAGAAGGGAUGGCCUGGGCCCAUGCAUGAGUUUGCACUCAGCUAGUUCUGUUCUUUUCCUACUUCUAAUGCAGGUAUUUUAAAUAUUUUACUGAUUUAAUUAUGCCAUUCACUUUUGUAUAUUCCUAUGACUGAUUUAAUGGUUUAUCUUUUAACGCUGUGAGCCAUCCUGAGCCCCAACACUGGGAAUAGGUGGGAUAGACAUACAUGUUAUCAUAAUAGUGGUUUUUUAUUUUUUGCAAAACAGUAAUUUAACGCACA